UCCAUGAGAAGUAGGGUUUUGAGAGAAGCCUCUAUUUAUAAAACUCACACACGCACAUACUAUUUCCUGUUUCCGCAUUUCGUGAUUCUAGGGUUUCACUCCCAUCAGCAACAACGAUGGUUCAGAGGCUCACUUACCGGAAGCGCCAUAGCUAUGCUACCAAAUCGAACCAACACCGGGUUGUUAAGACCCCUGGUGGGAAGUUGGUGUACCAGACCACUAAGAAGAGGGCAAGCGGACCCAAAUGCCCUGUCACUGGAAAGAGGAUCCAAGGGAUCCCACACUUGAGACCUGCUGAGUACAAGAGGUCCAGAUUGCCUAGGAACCGCAGGACAGUAAACCGGGCCUAUGGAGGUGUAUUAUCUGGUGGAGCUGUUAGAGAAAGGAUUAUCCGUGCUUUCCUUGUUGAAGAGCAAAAAAUUGUGAAGAAGGUAUUGAAGAUCCAGAAGGCAAAGGACAAGCAAGCAUCGAAGAGUUAAGCUGAUUGAUUCAUGGAUGAUAAAAAAAAUCUUAUCUUUAAAAUUUGUGCUCAAGAAUUUUGACUUUCAAUGGUGUUAAGUAUGAAUGUGGAACUUAAUUUGAAAUUUAUUUUAUGAUUCUGUGCUU